CACAAAAUUCUGUCUAUUCACAUAUUAAAGUUGUGAAUAAAAUUGAUUAUGGGAAAUGAAUUUUAAACUAACAGUUGUCCAAAUCUGAAAACUCAAUGCAAACAAGUUUUGGGGGCUGCGAGAAGAAACUCUUGAAAAUCUCAGUGAGGUGGUAUAAGCGCGUUUGACUUCGUAAAAAUCACUUCCAUUCAAUUCAACCAUUCAUUUAUCCACCAUCUUCACCAAACACAACACAACUAACAACACAACACAAACAUAGUCCAAAUCAAAACAAACCUCGUUUUUGAUCCAUCAUCAAUGGGUGACAUAGUGAAACAAAUAUUAGCAAAACCGAUCCAGUUAGCAGACCAAGUAACAAAAGCCGCAGAUGAAGCGAGUUCCUUCAAGCAAGAAUGCGGAGAACUCAAAUCCAAGACGGAGAAGCUCGCCGCUCUUCUCCGGCAAGCAGCAAGAGCCAGCUCCGAUCUAUAUGAACGUCCUACAAAACGGAUCAUCGAAGAAACCGAACAGGUACUCGACAAAGCACUUUCCUUAGUCCUAAAAUGUCGUGCCAAUGGUAUCAUGAAACGUGUCUUCACCAUCAUCCCCGCCGCCGCUUUCCGUAAAACAUCUUCUCAUCUCGAAAACUCCAUCGGAGAUGUUUCAUGGCUGCUCCGUGUCUCCGCCCCUGCCGACGACCGUGGUGGCGAGUAUCUCGGACUUCCUCCGAUCGCCGCCAACGAGCCUAUUCUCUGUUUCAUUUGGGAACAGAUCGCUAUACUUUACACCGGUUCACAAGAAGAUCGCUCUGACGCGGCGGCUUCCCUCGUGUCGCUGGCGCGUGGGAGUGAUCGUUACGGGAAGCUUAUCAUUGAAGAAGGUGGGGUGGGGCCACUUUUGAAGCUGAUCAAGGAAGGGAAAAUGGAUGGACAAGAGAAUGCUGCUAGAGCUAUUGGCCUUCUUGGUCGUGACUCAGAAUGCGUUGAACAUAUGAUUCAUGCUGGUGUUUGUUCGGUGUUUGCGAAAAUUCUUAAAGAAGGUCCGAUGAAAGUUCAAGGUGUUGUUGCUUGGGCUGUUUCUGAACUUGUUGCUAAUUAUCCUAAAUGUCAGGAUCUUUUUGCGCAGCAUAAUAUUAUAAGGUUGCUUGUUGGUCAUCUUGCUUUUGAAACAGUUGAAGAACAUAGUAAAUAUGCUGUUGUUAGCAUGAAAGCGACUUCGAUUCAUGCUGCUGUUGUUAUGGCUAACAAUAAUAAUAAUAAUUCAACUUCUAAUCUUAAUCCAAAGAAGGGGAAUGAAAAUGGAGACGAUGGUGUUGGUGGCGGAAACGGAAACAACAAACAAGGUCGCGUGUCGCAUCAUCCGUUGGGGGAAAGACCUAGAAAUCUACAUAGAGUGAUCACAAGCACUAUGGCGAAACAUGCUGCUUCCAAGCCUACUCAGGGAGAUGAAGCAAAUCAAAAUCAGAACUUUUUGUCCAAUUCCAAUCCUCCUAAUGGCAAUGGACUUGGUAAUGGUAAGCAGGGAAGUCAUAAUAAUCAUCAGAGAAACUAUUCGCAUUCGGGAAUUAACAUGAAGGGAAGGGAAUUUGAAGACGCGGAGACUAAGGCAAGUAUGAAGGAAAUGGCAGCAAGAGCUCUAUGGCAUUUGGCUAAGGGUAACGUGGUGAUUUGUCGCAGCAUAACAGAAUCAAGGGCUUUGCUGUGUUUUGCUGUUUUACUUGAGAAAGGACCGGAGGCUGUGCAGUACAAUUCAGCGAUGGCGUUGAUGGAGAUUACUGCGGUUGCUGAGAAAGAUGCUGAAUUGAGGAAAUCAGCAUUUAAGCCUAAUUCUCCUGCCUGCAAAGCAGUUGUUGAUCAAGUGCUUAAGAUAAUCGAGAAACCAGAUUCAGAUCUCCUCAUUCCUUGCGUCAAGGCGAUUGGGAAUUUAGCAAGGACAUUCAAGGCUACCGAGACAAGGAUGAUCGGUCCGUUGGUGAAACUUCUUGACGAAGGAGAGGCGGAGGUUUCCAGGGAGGCGGCGAUCGCGCUCAGGAAAUUUGCCGGAAGUGAAAACUACCUUCAUGUUGAUCACUCCAAGGCAAUUAUUAGCGCAGGCGGCGCAAAACAUUUGAUUCAGCUUGUGUAUUUCGGAGAACAUCAGGUUCCAGCAUUGGUUCUGCUUUCCUACAUUGCAUUGCACGUGCCGGAUAGCGAAGAACUCGCUCUUGCCGAGGUUCUCGGAGUGCUUGAAUGGGCAUCCAAGCAAUCUUUCAUGCAACAUGAAGAAACCCUUGAGGCAUUGUUGCAAGAAGCCAAGAGUAGGUUGGAGCUUUAUCAAUCUAGAGGCUCAAGAGGAUUCCAUCAUAAAUUGCAUCAGUAGGAAGAAUAGUACAUUGUCACCAUCUUUGUAAAUGUAAAGGUUUUUCAGUCAUUUCUGAUUCUUAUCUGUUCUACUCCCUCUGAUUCUAUUCAUAAGAAAACGUUUACUUUAUAGAUUUGUAUUUGGUCUACAUAAUUAAUCAAUGUAUCUAAAAAGUAAACUUUUUCUUAUUUAGCGGAUAUCAUAUUUCUGAGUGUGUAUACAAUCAAUUUGGCUCAAAUUUAGAAGUUGUUAUUAUUUCAACAAACUCAUGAUUUAUUGUGAUGUACUAGUAAAUGUAAAAUUCACAUGUGAUGUAUUAAUCAAUGGUUGAUAAUACUCACUUUACACUUUAAAGUGAGUUGUUCUGAAUUC